AUGGACCUACUUCAGGACGCCCCCGACUUAAGACCGAAUACCUCAUUAAAGGCACCGAACCGAACAGGCAACAGCCCACAGCUCCUGCUGGACGGGCCUUACCAUUUCGAUUAUCUUCUUAAACUGGUAGUGAUAUGUACAGGGAUCUUUUGCAGCAUUUUCUCAGCAGUUAUCUUUCGCCGCCCGGUGUUGUACAAGACCAUAGCGGCAACGUAUCUCUUGUCAGUGAUGUCUAUAUCAGACGCGUGUUACCUGAUUUCGGCGUUCAUGGUUGGGCUAGAGCGCCUGAACUUCGGGUUUGCUUUGCCUAAUGGCGUAUGUCAGGCAGUAUUGUAUGCAUCCUACGUGCUGCGGUGCCUUUGUACUUGGCUGGUCGUUAUUCUGGCCUUCUUCUCCACCAUGUACAUCUCCCGGGCAAGAAGAGCACAGAAGCACUUCAGGUCUGUCCACUGCAAGGUGGUUGUGGCGUGGCUGGGACUGUUCGCAG